AUGAGCGUUCCGCACAAGUCACUCAAGCAGUGUGCCCGCCACUUCACCCCAGCAUGGUUCGCCGCGAUCAUGGGGACGGGUGCAAUUUCCAUCCUAUUCCAUAGCUUCCCCUAUGGACAGGGGUCCCAAGCCCUCCAAAUCUUCACCUACAUCUUCUUCUUCCUCAACUUGGCUCUCUUCAUCAUCUUCAAUGCGUUCUCGAUUGCACGAUACAUCAUCUUCCCCGACGUCUGGUCUCUCAUGAUCAAUCAUCCCGCUCAAAGUCUAUUUCUGGGCACUUACCCGAUGGGUGCUGCCACCCUCAUCAACGUCGCCGUCGGCCUCAUCUACGAAGACUACGGGUUCGGCGGAAAGCCCUUCCUCUACGCCCUCUGGGCAUUCUGGUGGCUCGACGUGAUCAUCUCCCUCUUCUGCGCCUUUGUCGUCGUCCAUGUCAUGAAGGCACGCCAGAAACAUGCGCUCGAUAAGAUGACAUCCAUCUGGCUCCUGCCCGUGGUCACCCUUAUCGUCGCGUCCUCCUCCGGCGGCGUCAUCGCACCAGCCAUGGCGGAGAUAAACCCCUCCUACGCGCUGCUCACGCUCACCGUCUCCGCCUCGCUCGUCUUCAUCGGCCUCGGCCUCGCGUUCAUGAUCCUCACCACGUACCUCCUCCGCCUCAUCCUCUACGGCGUCCCCGCCGGCCCCGGCGUCCUCUCCGUCUUCAUCCCCCUCGGCCCGAUGGGCCAAGGCGGCUUCUCGAUCCUCCUCCUCGGCCAGGGCUUCCGCACCGCGCUCCCGCUCGCGUACGGCGACUCGCCCGUGCUCCGCCUCGUGGCCAUUGGCGAGAUCGUGGACGUCGUCGCGCUCUGCGUCGGGAUGGUCCUCUGGGCGCUCGCGACGAUGUGGCUCAUCUACGCGCUCCUCGCCCUGUACGAGGUCCUCCGGAACACCCGCUUCCCGUUCAAGCAGGCUUUCUGGGGCAUUAUUUUCCCGAACGGUGUGUACGCGAACCUGACGGUGCAGCUCUCCCGGACGCUCGACUCGCAGUUCUUCCGCAUCUGGGGCGCGAUCUACUCCGUCGCGACGCUCGUCCUCUGGGUCGCCGUCUUCACGCGGACGGCCACCCUCGUCCCCCACGGCGCGAUCUUCGAGAGCCCGUGCGUGGACGAGUACGACCUCCAGCGCGCCGCCGCGCUCGCCGAGAAGGAGAAGCAGGCCUCGCAGGCGUCCGGCGCGAGCACGCCCGUCUGA